AUGCUUCUUACGGGAAUUCUGACGACGUGUGGCGCGACGAGCGUUGCCGCACUUGUCUGCGUCGCAUUUCUCUACCACGAUGUCGCCCUUUUCGGAGAGAACUUCUCGCGUCUCAGCGACCAAUUCCGAGUAGGUUCCUUGUUUUCACUCUUUCUGAAAGUUUGGUUUUCGUGGUGAAGUUGGAAAGUUUAAGUACGUUUUAACAUUAUUCGAGAGAACUGGAUCUAUCGGUUUUCAAAAUAAUUUGAUGACAUCAAAUCGACCUAAUUGUUUUCAAGUCCUUUCUCUGAAUGUUUUCAUGAAAAAAGGCUCACAAUGAGCUGGAACAUCAAAGCUUUCGAACCUAUUCCUUUUCCUUAUCAACUUUCACUGGAGAAAUGACAUAAAAGUGAUAGUUUUACUACAGGACAAGAUAAAGGGAAUCUGCCUACAAUAGGAAAAAAAAAGCGCCACUAACUCAGCUGAUAGCGCUUUCUUUUAGUAAUUGUGGCAACACAAGGGGAAAAAAAAUGAUAUUUAAAGAACCGUUCCCAUGAAACUGAUGCUCGUUUGUUGCUUUUCACAGUUCCUUUUUAUGAACUUUCGAACAGACUAGUCACUUUGAAGAACUAUAACAAAAGUCAUUGAGAAUUUCACAAUACACGCUUGAUAAGAUGAAAUUUCGUAGUAAUAGGUUAGCAAACAAACAAAUAGACAAAAGAACUGCUAUCUAAUCAUCAUUAAUCCAUGAAUACUUAAUCCGGCUUUGUGCUCACUUUACUACAGUCUACAUAGGUUUUCCCAUUAUCAAUACUGAAACUUAUAACUUAUAAAUUCAGUUUUUCGAACAUAUCCAUCUUUCGGACUUCAGAAUGACGCAGAUGCGACCUGGGCGCUGAUAGAUGAGGAAAUCGCGUCAGAAGUCCUUCGAAGCAAGCGAAGCUCCCAUGGGGCACAUUGUUCGUUUUCCAAACAAAAAAAAACGUGUCUUCAAAAGAUUUUAACGAGGAGAAGCCAAAACUCGAAAAAAAGCUUGCUUGCGUUCAGAAAAGAACUUGUCAUUCAGGCCACGACCACGGAAAAUGUCCUCCUGGACCCUCAGGACCUGCCGGAGCUAAUGGACCAGAUGGAGGUUUUCUCAAGAUUCCAAUUCUGUGUUUCAAAAAUCAGAUCUCCAGAAGAUGGAACUCCUGGUGACGCCGGAAAAGAUGGCAAGAACCAGGUGACAGAAGAGGUUUAACAUCUUUUUUCGCGCCAAUCUCUCAUCUUUACAACCGUGCAGAUCGUGAGAGAAUAUCGCGGCUGCAUUCCUUGUCCUCAGGGUCAUCCAGGACCAGCUGGGCCGCCUGGACCUCGCGGACCUCCAGGAGUCGAAGGCUAUAAAGGAUACAAUGGAAACCCUGGGAAGAACGGCGGCAACGGCCGAUGCGGUCCGAAAGGAGACCGAGGAGCGCCUGGAAGACCUGGAACUCCUGGUUAUCCUGGUCGUGUCGGCGACACUGGCUACCAGGGACAAGGAGCUCCAGGACCUCAAGGGCCUACUGGGCGGGCUGGAGAGCCAGGAAAACAAGGAAUCAUAGGAGAAGACGGUACGAGCCAAAGAAGUAGUGAAAUAUUUUUCAAAGGAAAAAUCCUCUAUAUUUCGUUUCAUUGAAAAAAAUUUGCUUUGAGCAUAAUAAAUUGAGCUCAAUCUCUGAUAAAAAACGAACUUGAUGUUAUAUAAGUAUGUAGCCUUAUUAACCACUGAACUAUCUUAUUUGAAGAAUCUUUUUUUUUUGGGUAUUUUAUUAAUUUUAUUAACUUUCCAGCUCCUAAUGGAUCUCCUGGUUCUCCUGGAAUCCCCGGAAGGACAGGAAGAACUGGCGCUGCUGGCAGCUCAGGUCAGCCAGGAGCUCCAGGUGCCAUCGGAUCACCCGGAGCCGAUUCUCUGUACUGUCGCUGUCCGGAUCGAGCCUCGCUUCAACUGGACGCCGAUCCGGAACAGGUGGCCGUCGAUGCCGCCGCCUCCUCUUUCGAGCAACAGCGGAAGCUUGUCACAAACUGA